AUGGUUUCAUUUGAUGUGGUAUCAUUGUUUACCAAUGUACCCAUCGACGCCGCAUGCAAGGUCGCACUUAGCAGGCUCGAACGUGAUGAGAGCCUACCCGAGCGCACACAGUUAUCUCCGGCCCAGGUAACUGAGCUUUUGAGUUUUGUUUUGCAAUCUACGUAUUUCAUGUUUGCCGGCAAUUUCUACGAACAGCAAGAAGGAGCAGCCAUGGGCAGCCCUGUUUCCGCGGUGAUCGCUAACCUGUUCAUGGAAGCUUUUGAGGAACGUGCGCUGAGUAGUUGCCCGCCCGACUGCGCCCCUAGAGUUUGGAAGCGAUACGUAGAUGACACGUUUAUCAUCACGCAUAGAUCCGCCGCCGAUGACCUUUUGAGCCACAUGAAUUCGCAGCAGCCCUCCAUCCGUUUUACCAUGGAGAUAGAGUGCAACGAGCGCAUUGCCUUUCUAGACACUUUGGUGCACCGUGACACCAGCGGCCGACUGUACACCACCGUAUACAGGAAGCCCACGCACACCGAUCAGUACAUUGCUUAUGAUUCGCAUCACCCGAAGUCCGUUAAGCGCGGGGUAGUGAAGUGUCUUUACGACAGAGCUUCACGCAUCGUUACUAAGCCCCAUUGCACAGCUACAGAGAAGCAACACAUCACCUCGGCUCUUAUUUCUAACGGUUACCCGCGCUCCUUCGUUAACCGCGUCGCUAAGAAGAAGAGCGCCCCGUCCGAACAGCUUACGCAAUUUAAAUCCGCUAUAGUAAUCCCGUUUGUUGAUGGUAUCGCGCAUCUUCUCCGCCGGCGCUUGGAGAAGCAUGGCAUCCGAGUUAUAUUUAAGUUCGACAGCAUCCGCAGCCAGCUGGUCCGUCCGAAAGACCGCCCGAUCCCCGACAGACGCGAUGGGGUUGUUUAUAAGAUCCCUUGCUCGACCUGCGACAAAGUGUACAUCGGUGAGACUGGUAGACCUGUGGGGGAACGCAUGAAGGAACAUCGCCGUGAUGUUCGGCUUAGGCGCACCGAAAGCUCUGCUGUUGCAGAACAUGCUUGGGACUCCGAUCAUCCACCUAACUGGGAUGAGGUCAGCUGCAUCGCUAAUGAUAAGCAUUGGUAUACGCGGCGCAUUAAGGAAGCGAUCCAGAUCCGUUUGCACCCGAGCAAUAUCAACAAGGACAGCGGCAUUGAGAUCCCUGAUGAAUGGUUACCUACCAUCCGACGGCAUACUGCAUCUACGGUUCACAGCGCGCGGCGCCCGCACCAGCGAGUGCCUGACACCAGCGCGGACGCUGAUUGGCCGGCUGCAUCGGCCAAUCACAGCGCGCGGUGCACACCCCAGCGGGCACCAAGCACCAGCGCGGACCCUGAUUGGCCAGCGGCUCCGGCCAAUCACAGCGCGGCUCACGCCCGAGUGGAGCCAGACAAUAGCUCCCGACGCUAUAUAACCCGUGCGCAGCAGCGUCUUUGCUCAUUGCCUGACGAAGUCUAG